AACGUUUGUGUACGUAAUUAAUGGUGUAAGGCAGGCGAAUAACUACCACUUUUUCGGUAAAAAGCAGAGGGAUGGGGCUGGUGAAAUGUAACAACUCUCAAAUUCAUAGAUGGAGCUAUGGAUGCAAGGACUGACCAUUCAUGAUCUCAACAGGAUAGCUUUAACAAUUUUUUUUGAGGCUAUACCGUGUUUGUUUACAUUUAGCUAACGUUACUUUGUUUACAAACAUUGGAGUAAAACAAGCUUAUAUUUGGGUUCUGGUGGUGUACGACCAUUGAACGAAGCUCAUGAGGCAUUUAGUUAGGUUAUAUUUUUCAAGAAUGAAUGGGGAUGGCUUCGCUCUACAUCUCCCCCCACCCUGAUAACUUCAGGAGCCUCAUGGCCCUGGUCGCUGCAGAGUUCUGCCCCUCUCGGCCCUGCACGCUCAUCGAGGACCCUCCUGGUUCCCUGGCCAUGUGCUCUCGCCCUGGCUUGGUGCUGGGCUCUGGGGGAGGUGAGGUGCUCUCUGGGGCCAGUGCUGUUGCAUGGUACCUAGCCUCUCAGGGGAAGAGGACCGGAUCGAAUGCUAAGCAGGAGAGCCAGGUGUGGCAGUGGCUCAGCUUUGCAGACAAUGAGCUGACUCCUGUGUCCUGUGCUGUGGUGUUCCCACUGCUGGGGGUGAUGGGUGUGGAUAAGAAGCUUCAGCAGAGUUCUCAUGCUGAGAUGAUGCGCGUGCUAAACGUUCUAGAUAAGACUCUGGAGCCUAGAACAUUCCUGGUGGGAGACAGCCUUACUCUGGCCGACAUCGCUGUGGCAACUGCAGCACUCCUGCCCUUCAAAUACGCCUUGGAGCCGUCCAACAGGAAAGCCCUGACGAACGUGACCAGGUGGUUUCUGACUUGUGUCAACCAGCCUCAGUUUGUCAAGGUCCUGGGACAGAUCUCUCUGUGUGAGAAGAUGGUGCCCGUCACACCCAAACCCAGCGUUGCUAUUGUUCCUGCUGCUAACGCUAAUCCAACUGCUGAUGCUAACGCUGCCAAUGGCAAACCAAAGACAGAAGCUCAGCUGAAGAAGGACGCUAAAAACAGAGAGAAGCUGGAGAAGUUCCAAAAGAAGAAGGAGAUGGAGGAGAAGAAAAAGCAAGAGAAGAAAGUGGCACCCCCGAAGGAGAAAAAGGCCAAACCAGAGAAGAAGGACCUGGGAGUGAUCUCAUAUGACGCCCCCACCCUCCCUGGAGAGAAAAAAGACGUCCUGAGCCCCCUGCCAGACUCGUACAGUCCUCAGUACGUGGAGGCAGCCUGGUACUCCUGGUGGGAGAAGCAGGGAUACUUCAAACCUGAGUACGGGAGGAAGAGUAUCAGUGAGCCAAAUCCUCGUGGAGUGUUCAUGAUGUGUAUCCCUCCGCCCAAUGUGACGGGAUCUCUUCACUUAGGCCAUGCCCUAACCAACGCCAUCCAGGACUGUCUGACCAGAUGGCACCGUAUGCGGGGCGAGACGACCCUGUGGAACCCAGGCUGUGACCACGCGGGCAUCGCCACCCAGGUGGUGGUGGAGAAAAGACUGAUGAGGGAGAGGGGCAUGAGCCGUCACGACCUGGGGAGAGACCAGUUCAUCCAGGAGGUCUGGAAGUGGAAGAACGAGAAGGGAGACCGUAUCUACCACCAGCUGAAGAAGCUGGGUUCCUCUCUGGACUGGGACAGAGCCUGCUUCACCAUGGACCCUAAACUGUCCUAUGCUGUCCAGGAGGCGUUCAUUCGUCUGCAUGAGGACGGCGUGAUCUACAGGAGCAAGAGGCUGGUCAACUGGUCCUGCACCCUCAACUCUGCCAUCUCGGAUAUAGAGGUGGAUAAGAAGGAGCUGACUGGCAGGACUCUGCUGCCCGUGCCUGGCUACAGGGACAAGGUGGAGUUUGGGGUACUGGUCUCCUUCUCCUACAAGAUAGAGGGAUCAGAUGAGGAGGUGAUUGUGGCGACCACUCGUAUCGAGACCAUGCUGGGAGAUUCUGCUGUGGCCGUCCACCCUGCCGACCCAAGAUACCAGCACCUUAAAGGGAAGAUGGUGCUUCAUCCCUUCUGUGACAGGAAGAUGCCCAUCGUGUUUGAUGAGUUUGUGGACGUCAACUUUGGAACAGGUGCUGUGAAGAUCACCCCAGCCCAUGACCAUAAUGAUUAUGAGGUUGGAAACAGACACAACCUGGUCUUCAUCAACAUCCUGGAUGAGAACGGCCUGCUCAUCAACGUGCCGGCUCCAUUCCUGGGUAUGAAACGUUUCGAAGCGAGGAAGGCUGUGCUGCAGGCUCUGAAGGACAGAGGCCAGUUCAAGGAGACCAAAGACAACCCCAUGGUGGUGCCUGUCUGCAGUCGUUCUAAGGACAUAGUGGAGCCCCUGCUGAAGCCUCAGUGGUAUGUGGACUGUGCUGACAUGGGCAAGCAGGCAGCUGACUCGGUCCGGGAGGGAAGACUGAAAAUCAUCCCAGACCACCACCAUAAGACCUGGUUCAACUGGUUGGACAACAUCAGGGACUGGUGUAUCUCUCGUCAGCUGUGGUGGGGUCACAGGAUCCCAGCCUACUUUGUCAGCGUGAACGACCCUUCAGUCAAACCAGGAGAGGACAUGGAUGGUCAUUACUGGGUGAGUGGGAGGACAGAGGAGGAGGCCAGAGAUAAAGCUGCCAAGCGCUUCAACGUCUCCACUGACAAGAUCACCCUCAGACAGGAUGAAGAUGUCCUGGAUACAUGGUUCUCCUCUGGUAUUUUCCCUUUCUCCAUCUUCGGCUGGCCCAACGAGACCCAGGACCUGAGUGUGUUCUAUCCAGGCAGCCUGCUGGAGACGGGUCAUGACAUCCUGUUCUUCUGGGUGGCCCGCAUGGUGAUGAUGGGCCUCAAACUCACUGGCAAGCUGCCCUUCAAAGAGGUGUACCUCCAUGCGGUGGUGAGGGACGCCCACGGGAGGAAGAUGAGCAAAUCUCUGGGGAACGUCAUUGACCCUCUGGACGUCAUCACAGGCAUCUCUCUAGAGGGUCUGUACGCCCAGCUGCAAGACAGUAAUCUGGACCCAGUAGAGGUAGAGAAGGCCAAGCAGGGACAGAAGUCUGACUACCCCACUGGUAUCCCAGAGUGUGGCACAGAUGCCCUCCGCUUCGCCCUGUGUGCCUACACCAGCCAAGGCAGGGACAUUAACAUGGAUGUGAAUCGUAUCCUUGGUUACCGUCACUUCUGUAACAAGCUGUGGAAUGCUGUGAAGUUUGCCAUGAGAACGCUGGGAGACAACUUUGUUCCUUCAGAGAAAGCCCAGCUGUGUGGGGAGGAGAGCGUGUCAGACCGGUGGAUUCUGUCCCGUCUGUGUUCUGCUGUGGGUCUGUGUAAUGCAGGGUUCCAGGCCUACGACUUCCCAGCUAUCACCACAGCCAUCUACAACUUCUGGCUCUACGAGCUCUGUGACGUCUAUCUGGAGAGUGUGAAGCCAGUGUUCUCCAGGGCGGAGGACAGUGGGUCUCAGAGCCAGGCUGUAGUCUGCAGACAGACCCUGUUCACCUGCCUGGAGACUGGCCUGCGCCUCCUAGCUCCCAUUAUGCCCUUCGUGGGCGAGGAGCUCUACCAGAGGUUGCCACGGCGACGAUCCCAGGAUGACCGCUCUAGUAUCCAUGUCACGCCCUACCCUGAGACUGAGGAGUUCUGCUGGCAUAGUGAGGACGUGGACCGUCAGAUGGAGUUUGCGAUGACCGUGGUCCGGACCAUCCGUUCACUCAGGGCCGACUACAACCUGACCAAGACACGCGCUGAUUGCUACCUCCAGUGUAUAGACAGUGAGACGAUAUCUCUGGUGGAGCAGUACAGUCUGCAGAUCCAGACCCUGUCUCUUUCCCAGACCAUCCAGCCCGUCCCAGCCACCGGGGCCGUCCCAGAGGGCUGUGCUGUGGCCAUUGCCUCCGACAGGUGCACCAUCCACCUCAUGCUCAAGGGUCUGAUAGACUUGGAGAAGGAGGUGGCCAAGCUGACUGUGAAGAAGGGAGAGCUGGAGAAACAGAUGGAUAAACUGAGAGAAAAGAUGGAUAAGAGUGACUACAAGGAGAAGGUGCCUGUUAAAGUACAGGAGCUGGAUGCUGAGAAGAUGCGUCAGAGCCAGACAGAGCUGGAGAAAGUUAAGGAAGCCAUUGACAACUUCAAGAGAAUGGUGUAACCUCUCCUCCUCCCCUUUUACAAUAAGAUAGUGAGCUCCAAGUAUUGUGACAGUGACUUGUUUUGGCUCUGUACUCCAGUACAUUGGAUUUGAAAUGAUACAAUGACGACUGAGGUUAAAGUGCAGACGUUUAGAUUUAAUUUGAGGGUAUUUUCAUCCAUAUCGGGUGAACAUUUCUACAUUAAUGUGGAUGCCACCAUGAUCAUGAAUGAGAAAUUUAGACGCACAUGACUUGUGCCUAAUUUAUCAUUAUACGCAAUCAUGGUAGAAUCCAUAUUAAUGUUCUAUUCUUAUUUACAAUAAGUGACUCUAAAAUGAGGCAAUACAUUUGCUGUUCAUUUCUAUUGGGCACAAAAUAUUCUGAAACACAACCCCCCCCAAAAAAUGCUGUCAUUUCUAAACAGUUCACCCAAUAUGAAUGAAAAUACUGAAGGUAAAGCUGACAGUCUGUACUUUAAUCCAAAACAACAAUUUCACUGUAUUCCCCCUCCUGUUGUCUCAUGUGCCACAAAGGAUUCUCUGGAGGGAAGUGAAUAAAGACCUUAUAUUAGA